AUGGUGGGCACUGGCGGUGCUUGUCGGGCGGCAAUAGCCGCCAAUGCCGCGUGCCGCUGGGUGGCAGUGAACGGCAACGCAUGGCGGCAUGUGGUUGCGAUGGUGAGACGAGAGAAAGUGGAGGCGGCGGGGGACGGAGUGCCCUCGAAACCACCCUCGCUGCAACCCCCCCUGGCCGGGCAACCACCACUGCCGACCCAAUCCCUCUCGCCGCCAGCGCCGCCGGUCAGCAUGCCGCCCAGCGUGCCGCCCAGCGUGUCGGCGCCUACAAGCUACGGCGGUGUGGACGUGGCGGGGUUGGCGCCGUUCAUCGCGGGCACGGCGGCGUGCAUGCUCGCCUUCUUCGCCGUCGGCCUCCUCGUCUCGCUCGCGCUGCGCUGCCCGCGCCUCCUCGCCUCCGUCCUCCCUACUAGCCUCCUCGUUAUUCUCAUCCAUGACGCGGAUAUCCCCGAUGGCAUUGCGGGCGGUCGCACGGCAACGUCGCACGACGACGAGAAGAGUCGCGGGCUAGAUCCUGCGACGUUGGCGACAUUCCCCGUGGUGACCUUUCGAGGGCUCGCGGGGGGCAGCAGCAGCGGAAGGGCCGGCGCCGGCUGCAAGGGGGAGAGCGGCAAGGAUGGGCGCGGCAGCAGCGCUGCGAGGUAUCAGCCCGUGAGGUACGCGCUGCCGCGGAAUGAAGCGCCUGCGGGUUUCCUUAGCGAAAACCGGACGGUCGGUAACUCGGAUGAUGAUAUCUCAGAGAACGGGCUGGCAGGAAAAGCGGAACCUCGCGAGAGAUCGAAACGAGUAGAGUCAUCAGCGGGACAGAGGGAGAACGCCGCAGCGGGCAGAGGCGCGGAGGUCCGGGGGAAAGAGGAAGGAGGUCUGCGGCGUGGGGAGGGGACGCGUGGAGGGCUGCGGGGCACGGAGGGGAUGGUAGUGCCGACGGGAGCGCUGGAAAGGACGGAGACGAUGGUGACGGUCGUGGCUGGCGCGGAAGAAGCAGCUUGUUGCGCAGAGCACAGCGAGGGGGGUGCGGCGGAGUGCGACGAAAACGACGCGACGGAGCGCGGCGAGCGGUGUGCGACUGGGUGCGACGAGCGAAGUGCGAUGGAGUGCGACGAAAGGGACGCGACGGAGUGCGCGGUGUGUCUGAGCGACUUCGCGGACGGCGAGCAGCUGCGGUGCCUGCUGCCGUGCGCGCACCGCUUCCACGUGGCGUGCAUCGAUUGCUGGCUGCUCUCGCACACCACCUGCCCCGUGUGCCGCACGGCGCUAGAGCCACGCAAAGAUGACGUGGCACUGGAAACCGGCUGA